UGGCCGACAAUCUUCUUACUCCCCCCGCACUCUGAAUUAAGGCGUCAGCAACCGCAACAGGCGACGUAGAUAGGGCUGUGGGAUGCGAUUGCACGAGGAGCAUGUCUUCCAUGAUCCCCAACGCAGCCGAAAGUCGCUGCUCGCCCGCUCGUGGAUGGCUAGCAGGUCGGCUACGGGCCUUAUCUCUACAGCGUAAGAUAGGCGUGGGCGGAGUGUGGGUGCUGCUGCUGCACGUCAUGCUCGCCAUGUGGGCGGACUUUUACUCUGCUAAGUAUGUAGUAUGGGGUGCAUUCACAGUCAAUAUGAACAGCAUGUCCUGCUCACUUCUUCCUCGCUCUCGCGUUUUGGCCCUGCAAUCACGACAACGCCUGCGCAAACGGCUGUCGUGCUGAUUACAUACCAGCUGCAACAUGACUAGACUGCCUCGGCUUCGGCAAGCAUCCGUCGCCAUCCUUCGAUACCAACAACCACAAGCGGUACA